AUGCAACUCACUACUCUGACUGCCUUCCUCGCUGCGGCUACCAUUGCCCUGGCCAACCCAGCACCCACCUGUGGUACCUGCAAUCCCGUCUCUGGCCAGAACAGCUGUGACAUUACUACCUCGUGCAUCAACACGGGCUCGACCUUCCACUGCGCCUGCCGUGCCGGUUACAAGGCCUCCGAGCACAACAGCGAUAUCCACUCCCAGUUCCGUCUGAAUAUGCCCAACUACGAGUUCCUGGUCUUCGUUCCGGAGAACACUGCUUGCAACACUCUGUGCGACAACCCAUACGCUGCGCCUUCAGAUCUGUGCAAUGAGGUCAAGAAGUGGAACUCCUGCGCUGUCUAA